AUGACUGAAAUUGCUGCACUUCAUUACAAUCAAAAAAAACCAAAAAUUCGUUCCUAUACUCCUUUAGCAUGUACGAAUUGUAGAAUCAAGAAAGAAAAAUGCUCUGGUCCUUUACCUAAAUCAGAUAGGGCAACUGUGACUACUCCUGAAAUUUGUAAUCUUCUAAACCCAUCAAACUAG